CCUCAAUUUACAUCAACUCUUCCUUCUAUGAUAAGAAACACACCUUUUAUAUAAUAUCCCUACAACCUUUCACUUCCAUUUAAGUUAAAACAUUAGAUCACUCACUUUUUUCUUCAAGAAAAAGACUUUUUAUGAGUUAGUGAUUCCCUUCAAAAUGGCUGCUAAUGAUCAAGAAUCCAGAGUUCCCUUGAAACUUUUGGUAGAUGACAAGAAAAAUAGAGUUAUUGCUGCUGAAUCCAACAGGGAUUUUGUGGAUAUAUUAUUCAGUUUUCUCACCUUUCCAAUUGGAACAAUAAUCAGAUUAACCAACAGCCAGCCAAUGUCAAAGAUAAGUCCAAUUUCUACUUGUAUGAACAAUUUAUACCGAAGUGUUGAAAAUCUUAGUGUAAAGCAUCUUUAUUCAGAAAAUUGUAAGUCAGUCCUUUUAAAUCCAAGAAAUCCAUGCAAUGAAGAUUGCUUCAAGUUGAAAGUGAACAUAGACGAUUCAGUUUCAAACAAGUACUUCAAAUGCUCUAAAGAGCAUUGCUCAUUAAAGAGCUGGUUAGUCAAUGUUAAAUGUUAUUGUGGAGGGAGGACAACUAAGGAGAUAUUUUCAGAUAUAAGAAAUCCAACAAAUGAUUAUUAUGGUGUUUUUCUUAUGGGUGGAAUAGAGUUUAUAAUCAGUGAUGAUUUAAGAGUGUUGCCUGGUUCUCCAAGUUCUCUUGUAAAACUGCUUUCUGAUGAUCUUGGCUACAGCCACAUGAAUCAGAUAAGAGAGAUGUCUGUGGAAGUUGGCAAGGAGGAGAUAUUAAGACUUCUCACUUGUUCAUUGAUCUCAAAAUCUCCCUUGACUGAGGUGUUUCUGAACAAGAAAGCUAAUAUAGUUGACAACAACAUCAUGCCUGAGCCAAGAAUUUCACCACUGUUUCCUAGUGAAUUCCAGUACACCAGAAACUCCUGGAAAAUAAAUCUGAAGCUAAUAUUAAGCAAAUCUAGAAACAAGAUACUGUAUGCUGAAGCAAAUGAUUCAUUCGUCGAUUUUCUCUUCAGUUUCCUCACUUUUCCUAUUGGAUCAGUGAUCCGUGUUCUAAAUGGAAUUUCUGGACUUGGAUGCAUAGACAACUUGUACAAAAGUGUGACAGAUUUGGAGUCAAAAUGGUUUCCUUAUUGUCAAGACAGAUUACUCAACCCCGGUGUCGCACCAAGACAUAGAUGCCAGAAUCAGUUGCUUCCGAUUUCUGUGGAAAUCGACGAUCAUAGCCUUUUAGACCCCAGGUGCACAAGUGGUGGCACAAGUGAUAUUGGCAGAUUAACACUGUCACCAUCCUUGUUUAUUGUUUCGGACGAUUUGGUAGUCAGGCCUAUGUGUUCUACAACAAGUUUUGGCUUACUCAAAGAACUAAAUGUACCCUUGUGCGACAUUGAAGAGCAAGUGAUCUUCAUUGAUAAGGCAGAGGCACGGCUCUUGCUGCAGGCAGCUUUUAUCGGGUCAUCAUCUGCUUUGACACUUGCCUUGAGCUCUUUCUUGAAUAAACCUAAACAAGAGAAGGACUAAUAUGCCAUUUUGUUCUUUAUUGUCUUGUCCGCUUAAUAUUUGGAUUGAGAUGAGUUUAAAAUGGAGCGACAUGAACAGCGAAGACUUAUAUAUUGGAUAUAUUAGUAUAUAUAAUAUAUACUUUAUUUCCUGGGAUUGAGGCGUUGUUGUUUGUAUUGCCUACUGAGCAAGCUUUUACUGCCCUGCUAGUUCAUUUAAAUGAGGUGAAGUUAGAUGGUAAUGCUAGCAAUUUGAGUGCUCUUAUAAAUUAAGACUUUGUUACUACUUCCUGAUAUAUUCACAACUAUGAUUUCUCUA